AGAGUCGUCACUUCCUGCCAGUACCGGUGUGGUCGGUGCGGAUUGGGGCCGUCGGUUUUCCGCUUAUUCCUCUCCCCUGCCUCCCUCUCCGUCUGGGCGGCGGCUGUCGGUCGCCAGUCAUAGACUCGCUAACGCACCCCUAGUUCUUUCCUGAACUCUGCGCCCCCGAUCGCCCACCCUCUCCCCCUCGCCGACCCCGCUCCGGUGUCAGGGCGGGGGCCUGGAGCCGCGGGAGGAGAGAAAGGACGAGACGCCCCCCGGCUCGCCCCGCGCGCGGCCGCCAUGGCGAUGAGGCAGACGCCGCUCACCUGCUCCGGCCACACGCGGCCCGUGGUGGACCUGGCCUUCAGCGGCAUCACGCCCUACGGUUAUUUCUUAAUCAGCGCUUGCAAAGAUGGUAAGCCAAUGCUACGCCAGGGUGAUACAGGAGACUGGAUUGGAACAUUUUUGGGUCAUAAGGGUGCUGUUUGGGGUGCAACAUUGAACAAAGAUGCCACCAAAGCAGCUACUGCAGCUGCCGAUUUCACAGCCAAAGUGUGGGAUGCUGUCUCGGGAGAUGAAUUGAUGACCCUGGCGCAUAAACACAUUGUCAAGACAGUGGACUUUACACAGGAUAGUAAUUACUUGUUAACUGGGGGACAGGAUAAACUUUUACGCAUAUACGACUUGAACAGGCCUGAUGCAGAACCUAGGGAAAUCAGUGGUCAUACUUCUGGUAUUAAAAAGGCCCUGUGGUGCAGUGAUGAUAAGCAAAUACUUUCCGCUGAUGAUAAAACUGUCCGCCUUUGGGAUCAUGCCACAAUGACAGAAGUGAAAUCUCUAAAUUUUAAUAUGUCCGUUAGCAGUAUGGAAUAUAUUCCUGAGGGAGAGAUCUUGGUAAUAACUUACGGACGGUCUAUAGCUUUUCAUAGUGCAAUCAGUUUGGAACCCAUUAAGUCCUUUGAAGCGCCUGCAACCAUCAAUUCUGCAUCACUUCAUCCUGAGAAAGAAUUUCUUGUUGCAGGUGGUGAAGAUUUUAAACUUUAUAAGUAUGAUUAUAAUAGUGGAGAAGAAUUAGAAUCCUACAAAGGCCACUUUGGUCCUAUUCACUGCGUGAGGUUUAGCCCUGAUGGAGAGCUCUAUGCCAGUGGUUCUGAAGAUGGAACCUUGAGACUAUGGCAGACUGUGGUUGGAAAAACAUACGGCCUUUGGAAAUGUGUUCUUCCUGAAGAAGAUAGUGGUGAAUUGGCAAAGCCAAAGAUGAAUUUCCCAGAGACAACAGAGGAGGAACUAGAAGAAAUUGCUUCAGAGAACUCAGAUUCAAUCUAUAGUUCAACUCCCGAAGUUAAGGCCUGAGCAUCAGGCCUAUGCCACAUAUAGUGUACAACUUAUGGACUAAAACAAUCAAGCAGGGAAAAGCAUCAGCUUCCCAGAGUUACUCUCUGCUUAAGGCAAACAUGAGCAGUAAAUGUUGAGGAAUAUGAAUUAGCUCCCAUGCUGGAACUAACUCUGUGUUACCUGUAAGAGACAACUCAAGAGUACUGAUGAAGACAGGUGCAGUUAAGCUCUUCUGCUCGAUGGCCUGAUGUCUUUUUAAUGAGUAUGUGCAAGCCAACAUCCAAUUUCUCUUAUUACAAUUAGAUUUCCUGUAGCUGUUUGUUAUUAUGAAGUAGAAAAAUAUAUUGGCCUAUUUUUCUGACUUUGCCCUUAAAACAGAAAGCCUUUUUUUUUUUUUUUUUAAUGCUUUAGAUAUAAAGAAGAGGGAAUACAUGAUAAAGUGUCUGGUUUGAUUUCUUUAGUUGAACAUGGCUUCUGAAUAUCUAAUUGUUUUUAGUUGUCCAAAUAAAAUGUCUCUAAAACAAAUUAACGCUUGUUUUGGGUUGGGGGGACUUUGAGUUUUCUAAAAUAGGAAUCAAAGUGUUUCUAUGUUGUUACUAUAUUAAAAGAAAGCCUGACUGAA